UGGCAGAAUGCGACUUUGGUGUGUUAUCAUGUGAGCCGAAGUAAUGAUGUUUUCUUGAUUAUUAUCGUCGCGAGUGAUAAUUAAAAUUGUGAAUUAGUGAUUUGUGACAUAAUAAACCAUGGCGGACUUAAAAUCGCCGCCGUUUAGUGAUAUCAAAAGACCGGAGGAGGUCGUUAGGAUGACGACAAAUGAUAGCCUGAAAUUUGCAGUUCUUAUCGGGCUGAUUGAAGUUGGACAGGUGACCAACAGGGAGUUGGUGAACACCGUGCUGCAUCUGUUGGUGGGCGGCGAGUUCGACAUGGAGCUGAACUUCGUGAUCCAGGACGCCCAGAACAUACAGCACAUGCUGGAACUGCUGGACCACUGCCCACCCAGCUUGCAGGCGGAGAUAUGGUCCGUUUUCAUCGCGAUCCUGCGCAAGAGUGUUCGCAACCUGCAGGCUUGCACCGACGUCGGCCUCAUCCACCACGUGCUGCAGAGGUUGCCGCGUGCCGAGACUGUCGUCGCAGACCUCCUUAUAGAGAUGCUCGGCGUGUUGGCGAGCUACAGCGUCACCGUCAAGGAGUUGAAGCAGCUGUUUAACGCUAUGAAGGCUGUCAACGGGAAAUGGCCUCGUCACUCCGCCAAGCUUCUGAACGUCCUUCGUCAAAUGCCGCAUCGGAACGGACCCGAUGUAUUCUUCAGUUUUCCGGGAAGAAAGGGAUCGGCGGUGGUGCUGCCACCUUUGGCGCGGUGGCCGUACGAAAAUGGUUUCACGUUCACCACGUGGUUUCGUUUGGACCCGAUCAACUCAGUCAACAUCGAGCGAGAGAAGCCGUAUUUAUACUGCUUCAAGACUAGCAAAGGCGUGGGUUACACGGCCCAUUUCGUUGGCAACUGCUUGGUUCUAACUUCCAUGAAAGUUCGAGGCAAAGGGUUCCAGCAUUGCGUCAAAUACGAGUUCCAGCCUAGGAGGUGGUAUGCAAUAGCAGUGGUGUACAUAUACAACAGAUGGACCAAGAGCGAGAUCAAGUGUUUGGUCAACGGCCAGCUAGCCUCCAGUACGGAGAUGGCGUGGUUCGUCUCGACCAAUGACCCCUUCGACAAGUGCUACAUCGGCGCAACAGCGGAGUUGGACGAGGAACGAGUUUUCUGCGGGCAAAUGGCCGCCAUCUACCUUUUUGGGGAGGCGCUUACUACGCACCAGAUCUGCGCUAUGCACAGACUCGGCCCGGGGUAUAAGAGUCAAUUUCGUUUCGACAACGAAUGCAACAUCAGUUUACCGGAGAACCAUAAAAGGGUGAGCGAGACUGCUGCGCCGAAGCUUGACAAUGCUGAUCAAACCCCGCCUGAUCCCGAAACAAGUCCCGAAAUCCCCGAAUCCCAACCCCCUGAUAACGCUUCGCCUUCUGAAGAUACCAGGAUUGCAGAACCUGAAGAUGCUUGCGUAGUUGUUAAAGAAGACGCGACUCCUCGAGGCCGGCGCAUGGCGGACGAAGCGAAAGAAGUGGCCGCAGCGCAUGCGUCCCUGCUCGUAGAUAUUGAAGCAUGCAAGCGUGUGCUAUACGACGGCAAGCUGUCAUCUGCAAUAGUUUUUAUGUACAACCCGGUGGCAACAGAUGGCCAACUAUGCCUGCAGUCGGCGCCGAAAGGGAACGUCUCAUACUUCGUGCACACUCCUCACGCUUUAAUGCUCCAGGAGGUGAAAGCGGUGGUGACGCAUUCGAUCCACAGUGCUUUAAAUUCCAUCGGAGGGGUCCAGGUUCUGUUCCCGCUUUUUGCGCAGUUGGACUUUCCCCAUGACGCUCCGACCACAGAUCCCAAACGAGACCCUAUGCUUUGUUCGAAACUCCUCGGCUUCGUGUGCUCCCUGGUAGAAUCCUGCAGCACGGUACAACAGCACAUGCUGCAAUGUCGUGGGUUCCUGGUAAUCUCGCACAUGCUGCAGAGGUGUAGCCGGGAUCAUCUUACACCUGAUACCUUGGCCUCGUUUCUACAUUUGACGAAACAUCUUGUUACUUGCUGCUCUCCUAAUUCCGAUCUGCUUCUUAAACAGCUACUGGACCACAUCUUGUUCAACCCUGCUCUGUGGAUCCACACGCCAGCGGCGGUGCAGGCCAGGUUGUACUGCUACCUAGCCACGGACUUCUUGGCCGAUGCCCACAUCUACGGCAGCGUGAGGAGGGUUAGCACGGUACUUCAGACAGUGCACACUCUGAAGUUUUACUAUUGGGUCGUGAAUCCUAGGGCUAAGAGUGGAAUCACGCCUAAAGGAUUGGAAGGUCCCAGACCCGCCCACAAAGACAUCCUGACGAUACGAGCGUACAUCCUGUUGUUCUUGAAACAACUGAUUAUGAUCGGGAACGGGGUGAAAGAGGACGAACUGCAGUCGAUACUCAACUAUCUGACGACUAUGCAUGAGGAUGAAAAUCUUCACGACGUUCUCCAAAUGUUGAUCUCCCUCAUGUCGGAACACCCAAGUUCUAUGGUUCCAGCGUUUGACGCAAAGGGCGGCGUGCGCACAAUUUUCAAGUUGUUGGCGUCUGAAAGUCAACUGAUAAGGCUGCAAGCCCUCAAGUUAUUAGGAUUUUUCCUCAGUAGAAGCACACACAAACGAAAAUACGACGUAAUGUCGCCACACAACCUAUACACCUUACUGGCGACCCGACUAGCGGCCAGCGGCGAGGGUCUAGCGCUGCCCGUCUACAACGCGCUUUACGAGCUGCUCACCGAACAUGUUGGCCAACAAAUCCUGUACACCAGCCAUCCUGAGCCGCAGCCGCAUUUCAGGCUGGAAAAUCCGAUGAUACUCAAAGUGGUCGCCACCCUGAUCCGCCAGUCGAAGCAGACAGAACAAUUGCUGGAGGUGAAGAAGCUGUUCCUAUCGGACAUGACGCUGCUGUGCAGUAACAAUAGGGAGAACAGGAGAACGGUACUACAGAUGUCCGUUUGGCAGGAAUGGUUAAUAGCCAUGGCGUACAUUCACCCGAAAAACUCUGAAGAGCAGAAGAUCUCCGACAUGGUGUACUCUCUGUUCCGGAUGCUGCUGCAUCACGCAAUCAAGCACGAGUAUGGCGGCUGGCGAGUGUGGGUGGACACUCUGGCCAUUGUUCAUUCUAAGGUUUCAUACGAAGAAUUCAAGCUCCAAUUCGCCCAAAUGUACGAGCAUUACGAACAAAGACGCGCAGACAACAUCACCGACCCGGCCGAACGACAACAGAGGCCGAUUUCCACCAUAUCCGGCUGGGACAGACACGCAGACACGCACAAACGCGUCAUCCCAGACUCAGACAGCACACACAGCUCGCCAAUAUCAAUUAGGAAACAAAACGUACUCAACCACGGAGCCCAAACAGAAAUCGGGAAAGGAUUAUCCUUAAGAGAAGUCGAAGCGUGCAAUUGCAAACUCAGUGAAAGCGAAGAGGACAGUCGGACUACAGUAGUUUAUAGUGAAGUGUGUAAAGUGCAUAGUCCAAUUAAACAUACCGAAGUGCCCCCCGACGGUUGUGAUAGUGUUAAAUGUACAGAUAGUGUCGAAAGCGCGGUCGACGAGAGUAAACUGCUCAACGCCGAUAACGAAUUAGUACAGUCUAUUAUUAGCGAGAACAAAUUACUAGAAAGCUCAGAAUCCGGAAUCGGAACUGAAAACUCUGAGAUUAUUGAGAAACCUCUGACGCGACAAGGAAGUCUUGAUUACAUUCCUGUAAGAGAUGUUGGAGAAAACAUAACGAAAGAUGACAACACUGAUAAAAGCGAAGGUAUUCCUUCUAGUCUAUCUGCCAGUGAAACUGCUAGCCCUGAAAGGGUAGCUGAAUUAAACAUUACAACGGAAAGGGAAUCGGAAUUAUCUGAUCCGUCCGAAUUGUACUUAACUCCAAAUGAAGCGACUAGCCCUAAGAAAACAGAAAAGACUGAUGUUGACAUUCCAGAAGAAGUUAGUGAUGAUCCCAAACAUAUUGCAAUAAACAUUGUUAACGACGUGCUCACCAUCGCACUAGAAACUGUCAGAUUAAAAGCUGAUGAUGACCCUGAUUCCGGAGCCAUCUCCGGCGGUUUACAUUCGGAAGGUAACACACCAAACGGAAGAGAAGACUUUGAGCAAGAAAUUGAAGAUAUGAUAGACGAUAACAGGACAGCUGAAAUUGUAGCCAAUGAUUUGAUUACUGAUAUAAUAUCAACAGUAGUAACAACAUGUGAAGAGAAAGUGAAAGAUGAUAUAGAAACGAUGGAUUCUGUUGAAAAUAUUGAAGAUUCUAGUAAUAUUUCAGUUGAUAAUAGUCCACAAAGAGUCAUACCUUCAGAUCAUCCCCACGAAGGCAAUGUUUUACCUUUGGAUGGAGAAUUUUUAGUCAAUUCAAGGUCUGAAGACACAGAAUUAAGAGAGACUGAAAUAAUUAAUACCAAUACAGAAGAAACUGCAAAGAAUGAUAACCAAAGAAUAGAAACUGAUGAACCAGAUGAGCAUAAAACUCCCGAGAUUCCGCCGAUCUCUACGAUCAGUGAAAAUAUUUCGCUUGCGAACAAGAAAGAACAGGAACAUGAAGAGGAGAGGAACAGAGAACUGGAGAGAGACAAAAGACGCGUUAGUUUGCCGGACGAUAGUGAUAUGAAACAAGAUAGCGGUAGAAGUGAUGGCGUGUCUACCCAGGGCACUAAUACUUCUUCGUCGCCGAAACGACCGCGAAGUGCGUCGACGAGUACGCAAGUGGACUCGAAUCAUUUUGAAACCAAACGGCCGUCGAUGUGUUCCCGGCCGAUGUUUUCCCCGGGCCCGACCCGGCCGCCGUUCCGGAUCCCGGAGUUCCGGUGGUCGUACAUACACCAAAGACUGCUCUCCGAUGUGCUGUUCUCAUUGGAGACUGAUAUACAGGUGUGGCGAAGUCACUCCACGAAAUCGGUGAUAGACUUCGUCAACAGCAGCGAGAACGCCAUAUUCGUCGUGAACACCGUUCACCUCAUCAGCCAACUCGCAGACAAUCUCAUCAUAGCUUGCGGAGGCCUAUUACCGUUACUCGCAUCUGCCACCUCGCCUAAUAACGAAUUAGACGUGAUUGAACCGACACAAGGCAUGCCUGUCGAAGUAGCGGUGACCUUUCUCCAGCGGUUGGUCAGCAUGGCAGACGUACUCAUCUUCGCCAGUGCUCUGAAUUUUGCUGAAUUGGAAGCCGAAAAGAACAUGUCCAGUGGUGGUAUCCUACGACAAUGCUUGCGCCUGGUUUGCACGUGUGCGGUGCGCAACUGCCUGGAGUGCAAGGAGCGUCAGCGAUACGUCUCCGCUCGCCGCCCCCCGCACGCCGCGCACCCCCCUCAUGCCGGCGAAUCGCCUGACAAUAAGAGCGUGGUGGCGAGUCUGGCUGACUCCUCCAGCCCGGUCAAGGAUCCUGAGAGGCUGCUGCAGGAUAUGGACGUGAAUAGACUCCGCGCCGUCAUCUACAGAGAUGUUGAGGAAACGAAACAAGCUCAGUUCCUGUCUUUGGCUAUCGUAUAUUUCAUCUCAGUGCUGAUGGUGUCCAAAUAUAGGGAUAUUCUGGAGCCACCUGCGCAUGCGCCGCCGGACUGCGCGCGCCGCAACCACCAUCCGCACGAACAUCACGAUCAUAACGGCGAGGACGUCGAAUAUGCAAUGAUAGUUGUCGAUGAAAAUAAUUCAACAAUUCCUGAAGAAAUGGAUUCUCCUUCCAUGAAGGAAUCGGAGAAGGAGGAGGGAGUCGCCAAAAUUGAGACUACCACCGAUGAACUGAAGCCAAAUUCUGGAGAGAAACCCAAAGAGAACCCUGAAACGACCCCCACCACUGAGAAAGAAGAACCACUGUACAAGUCGAGCCUCCGAAAAAUGCAACCUAAACCAAAGAGUGUGGAUUCGAUCGAAGACGCUGGCUCUUUCCACCUCAAUUCGACGGAGACGACGAAUAACGAUGCUGAAACGUCCAGCGACGUGGCAUUGGACGACAACAAACAACCCGUAAGCAACGACGAAUCAUGGACUGACGUGAACCUUAAUGAAGAUGGAGAGAGGGGGCCGGCAACCAUCACUGGAAGGACCCGAGACCACGAAGGAAAUAUACAUGAAGACAUAGACAAGCAAAUCCACCUAAGAAACUCCGAGUCCCACCACCACUUACAACAAAGGCACCAGAACAGGAGUCUACACGCCGCGCAGAGGCAUUUACAUCCGGACAAUGAAACACUAGCCGGAUUGAACGCUAUGAACGCCUCGAUGUCUGCCGACGGGGCCUCCCGCGAAGCUUCUCUGACCCACAAACUGGAGACGGCCCUGGGCCCCGUGUGCCCCCUACUACGAGAGAUCAUGUUAGAUUUCGCUCCGUUUCUAUCCAAGACCUUGGUAGGGAGCCACGGACAAGAACUGCUAAUGGAGGGUAAAGGCCUCCAAACCUUCAAAUCGAGUACUUCAGUGGUAGAACUGGUGAUGCUCCUGUGUUCCCAAGAAUGGCAGAAUUCCCUCCAAAAGCAUGCGGGAUUGGCCUUUAUCGAGCUGAUCAACGAAGGAAGACUCCUGUCGCACGCGAUGAGAGAUCAUAUAGUGAGGGUGGCGAAUGAAGCGGAGUUUAUACUGAACAGAAUGAGGGCCGAUGAUGUGUUGAAACAUGCUGAUUUUGAGUGCGUAUGCGCAACUACAAGCGCCGAAAGGGCAGAUGAGGAGAGGACUUGCGAGCGACUGAUCGCAGCCGCGCGACGUCGCGACCACGCCGCCGCCGCGCGACACCUGGACAAGUUGCGACACGCCGCGGCACAUACUGACGCAGCACCUGGCGUCAGCACCCAGUUCUGGAAACUGGACUCGUGGGAGGACGACGCCCGCCGCCGCCGCCGGCUGGUGCCCGACGCGCGCGGCUCGCGGCACGCCGCCGCCGCGCUGGCCGGCGACCCGCCCGCCGCGCCGCCGCUCGACGCGAUACUGCAGGCUACAGAAGAAUUGCACGCGCGGUUAGCGGCGGGCGGAGCCGGGCGUGGCGCUCAGUUACCGACGCCGGCCGCGGCGGAACUCUUAGACGACGCUGAACUCCUGGUAGAUGACAGGGAGAUAGAUGCUGACCUUACAGGUCCAGUGAACAUAAGUACCAAAGCGAAGUUAGUGGCCCCAGGGCUCGUGGCCCCAGGGACCGUGUCGCUGACCUCCACCGAGUUGUACUUCGAGGUGGACGAGGAUGACCCCGAGUACAAGAAGAUUGACCCUGAGGUGCUCAAGUACUGCGAACACCUCCACGGCAAGUGGUACUUCAGCGAGAUCCGCGCGAUCUUCUCCAGGCGGUACCUGCUGCAGAAUGUGGCCGUCGAAAUGUUCUUGGCCAGCAGGACGUCCAUAUUCUUCGCGUUCCCCGACCAGGCGACGGUAAAGAAGGUGAUCAAGGCGUUGCCCAGGGUGGGAGUGGGCAUCAAGUAUGGCAUCCCGCAGACCAGACGCGCAUCGAUGAUGUCUCCGCGUCAACUCAUGCGCAACUCAAACAUGACCCAGAAGUGGCAGCGACGGGAGAUCUCCAAUUUUGAAUAUCUCAUGUUCUUGAACACCAUUGCUGGGCGCACGUACAACGACCUGAACCAAUACCCGGUGUUCCCCUGGGUGCUCACCAACUACGAGAGCGAGGAGCUGGACCUCAGCCAGCCCUCCAACUACAGGGAUCUCUCCAAGCCAAUCGGCGCGCUGAAUCCGAGCAGACGAGCGUACUUCGAGGAGCGUUACAACACGUGGGAGCACGAGUCUACCCCUCCCUUCCACUACGGCACCCACUACUCUACCGCUGCCUUCGUGCUCAACUGGCUAGUGAGAAUUGAACCGAUGACCACCAUGUUCCUGGCACUCCAGGGCGGGAAGUUCGACCAUCCCAACAGGCUGUUCUCGUCCAUAGCACUGUCCUGGAAGAACUGUCAGCGAGACACUUCAGAUGUCAAGGAAUUGAUCCCAGAGCUGUUCUUCCUACCAGAGAUGCUGGUGAACAGCUCAGGUUACCGCCUGGGCAUCCCGGAGUCUCCGUCCGGUGACGUCAUCCUCCCCCCAUGGGCGUCGUCAGCUGAGGAGUUCGUCAGGAUCAACAGGAUGGCCCUGGAAUCAGAAUUCGUUAGCUGCCAGCUGCAUCAGUGGAUAGAUCUCAUUUUUGGAUAUAAACAGAGAGGACCAGAAGCCGUACGAGCCACCAACGUGUUCUACUACCUGACGUACGAAGGCGGAGUCCGACUGGAACAGAUCACGGAGCCCGUGACCAGAGCGGCGGUGGAGGACCAGAUCCGCAGCUUUGGUCAGACCCCAGCUCAGUUGCUGAGUGAACCACAUCCACCGAGGGCGUCUACGAUGCACCUGGCUCCUCUGAUGUUCGCGGCGGCGCCUGAUGAUGUGUGUCUCAGGCUGAAACUGCCUUCGAAUGCCGCCGUGGUCCACGUGUCUGCUAACACCUACCCACAGCUGGCGAUGCCUGCUUGUGUCACGGUAAGCGCUGCCCGCGCAUUCGCCGCUCACCGCUGGUCGGGCGGCGGCUGCUCGCACGCGCCUCACGCGCCGCGACACGCCGACCACGCGCCCGCAGCGAACCAUCAUCCAAUCAUCAUGGAUCCUGUUUGGGCGGCAGGCGGCGCAGGCGCACUAUCGCGGCGUCAACUCGGCGACAACUUCUCACAACGCGUGCGCGCGCGCAGCAACUGUUUUGUCACCACCGUCGACUCGAGAUUCCUGAUCGCUGCCGGGUUCUGGGAUAACAGCUUUAGGGUAUUCUCCACGGAGACAGCUAAAAUAGUUCAGAUAAUAUUCGGCCACUACGGCGUGGUGACGUGCGUGUCGCGGUCGGAAUGCAACAUCACCUCGGACUGCUACAUCGCCUCGGGGUCAGAAGACUGCACCGUUCUCCUGUGGCACUGGUCUGCUCGACACGGAGGCAUUGUAGGCGAGGGCGAAGCCCCAGCGCCUCGAGUUACGUUGACAGGGCACGACGCGCCUAUCAACGGUGUUCUGGUUUCCGCCGAGUUGGGACUUGUCAUCUCCUCUUCUGUCAAUGGUCCCGUGCUAAUCCACACGACAUUCGGCGAGCUACUCCGAGCUCUUCCACCGGCAGAGGGCGUGUCAUCUCCGCAACAGCUGGCGUUGUCUAGAGAGGGCGUUGUAGUUGUAGCAUACGCUAGAGGUCACCUCGCUGCGUUCACACUCAAUGGACGUCGGCUCAGAAAUGAAACGCAUAACGACAACUUCCAGUGCCUAGCAUUGUCAAGAUGCGGAGAAUACCUCGUGUGUGGUGGUGAUGCGGGUGUAGUGGAAGUGUGGCGAGCAUUCACCCUGGCCCCGCUGUAUGCCUUCCCGCCGGCCGGCGCGCCUGUGUGUUCAUUGGCGCUAUCACAUGACCAAAAGUUCCUCUUGGCGGGUCUAGAGAAUGGAUCCCUAGUGGUGUUUCACAUAGACUUUAACAGAUGGCACCACGAGUACCAACAACGUUACUGAGAGUUACUGAGACUAUUUUACUCUGACCGCGAUUAACAAAAUAAAAUAAAAAUCGUGAAAUAGACACCUAAUUAAAAAAAAAUGUAAUAAUUUAAAAAAAGGUCCGAGAAUCUGUACUGUUAAUAAAUCUAAUCCUUUGUCAUAGCUAAAGUGGUAGAAUUUAGGAUAAAGUGCCAUCUAUUGACAAAAAUGUAAAUUAAAUUUAAAAAAAAUAAGCGUUACGAUUUUUGUCUAUAUUAAAUUUGCUAAACUAAAUGGUUGCAACGUAAUUAAGAAAAUGAUUGGCAUUUUUUUUCUUAUGUUAGCUUUAGCAAAGUAGUACCUUUAAUUCAGAAUCGUGAAUUACAAAAAUUAAAAGUCGUUGCGACAUUUUGUGAUUAGUAUUGUAAAGUAUUUUUAUUUUUUUAUUAAUAGUACAAGGCUUAACCGGACAUUGAAGCAAGUUUAAAUGUAAUAAUCUUGUGGUACUUAUCUAGAUCUAGUUUAUGUAGUUCGUAAGUGCAAAUUUUAAAGCUAGACGACAUUCCAAUUUUUCGUAUUGUGAAUUUUAAUUUAUUAAUAUUUUAUUUAAUUUAUUAUUUAUGAAAUUAUUAUUUAACAUAGUGCCAUAGGUAUUUUUAUUUCAUUGAAAAUAUGUACUUAAUUCAGAACUUGUUUUAUUGUAUAUUUUUGUUUACCUUUAAUCCAUGUACUUAACUGAGAACUAUAUUGUAUUAUUCUAUCUUCUUUACAUUCUACACCUGUACUUAACUGACAACUAUGUAUUAUUCCAGUAUUCCCUUAUUGAAUUAUUCCUCGAUUUAAUUGUUUUUAAAUUAAUUGCGUCCCAUUACUUGUGAUUUUAAAUUACGUACUUAAGUAUUUUUAUUUUGACGUUAUUGUACUCUCUUGUGCAAUAUCUCUUACUUAAGGCAUCUAUACAUGUGUUUUUAGAGUGUAUUCAUUGGUACUGUUUAAAAAAAAACAUUCCUAUUUUGAUCUUUGGUGAUGGGUACAAGUACUUAUUUUUAUUAAUUGAUAUUGUUAUUUAAUUUUGAUUUUAAUUAAAUGGUUAUAUUGAAGUUUUUA